AUGACUCCCACGAAAGUCCAACUGGCCCGUCGCCGCAGGCUAGCCACCAACCAACGAGGUCGCUAUUCUGUCUGCAAGAUUGUGGGUCUGCUAUGCAUGGCUUUAGCCUUUGCAGGAACAGUGCGAGCCAGCAAUAGUCAGGUUGGAGUUCAGAAUGCGCCGCUAACCGGGGUGCAACCUAAGCAAGAGCCUCUUGGUGGAGAAAAAGAUCUUCAAAAUUCUCAAUCAAAUAGAGUUGCCAUCAUCGGAGGCGGCAUCGGCGGUAUAUCCGUCGCACGUUUCCUAAUAAACGACGCCAACCAACUUAAUUCAUCACUACAAGUAACGAUCUUCGAAAAAGAGCCACAAUUCGGAGGACGAAUUCGAUUUACACAACUAUACGGCCAUGGCACGACGGUGAACACAGCCGGACAUACCUUUGACGCAGAUGACAUGGUGAUCGAAGAAAUCGCCAACUCUACAAGUAUAAGUCUCCGAAAUUGGUGGCAUAAUGACUGGAAUACAGAAUCUCGGAGUUUGUUGUACUGGAUGAGCAGACGUAUCAGGGAGAAGACUACUGGUUGUCCGGCGGAAGAGUCGGUUGAUAUGACGUGGAUGGAAUUCGUAGGACUUCUGCGACGAAAUGUGGCCGAUGCUUCAGUUUGGGUCAGAUAUUUGGGGUAUAUCCGCGAGGCGUUUUCUCAGAGUGGUAUAAAUAGCGGUCGGACCAACAGCUGCAACAGACGUACCAACCCCCCCAUGUGGGCAGGCUCUCGGGCAAAAGCCGGCCAGAGUCUAGACUUGAGAAGUCGAUUCACAGGAACGGAUGGAAUGAACGCGAACCCCCAGAAAGAACUUCUCUGGAAUCAACAUGACCGGAUAUUCACUGGGCUCCUUGGCGAGCUAUACGAUCGUGAGGAGUUUUCGAGUCACCUCAAUUCUGUGGUGACAAGAGUGACGAGAUUCAGCAAUGGGACUUUUGGGGUACAUUGGACCCAGAAUACAGAAGACGGGUCUCAAGAAAUGCACAUGGAACAUUUCGACAACGUGGUUAUCGCGGCCCCUUUUCACCAAACAGCGCUUGAGAUUGAACCUCCACUCGCGUCGGAACCAGAGAAGAUCAAGUACGCGCCGAUUCACGUCACGAGCAUUGUUUCCGAAAGACUACCAGACAGUCUUAUCCUCCAGCCUCAUGGGGAACAAUGGAGAACGUCGGCUGCAUUUCUGUGGCCUAAACAUCUCCGCCGUCAAAGCAAAGGCUUGAACACAACCAGUCUCCCCUUUAUUUCCAUUUCCCGGGAUCAAACUGCAUGGUAUGAAUACGAUACCAGACCUAACGAUCUCACAAGAGUGGUUGCCGGGGAAUUAUUCUCAGACGAUGACAUUGCGGCCAUAUUCCAUGGGAAAGAUGAGGCUGUCACAUUCCCGAAUCAAUCUUGCUUUUUCCCAAGACAAGCUGAGCCAGACUUGGUGCGGCCGAAUUGCGACAGCGUCAGGAAGGAGUUUGUAUUGGCAGGUGGAGCAGUUGAUAGGUCAUCUGGAUGUGUGGAUAGGCCAACGAUAGCUUGGAUUUAUCGAGAUUAUUGGCCGAAUGGGCUUCCUGUUAUCACGCGUGAUGGAAAGCACGUUGAUGAUGCUGAGUUGGUUCCGGGAUUGUUCUAUGUGAAUGGAUUUGAAGGGCGAGAGGGAGCGUCUGUGUCGAAGAGUAUUGCGAGUGGAAGGAAAGUGAGAGAUUUGAUGCUGGUGAAAUACUUGGGCAUGCAGUUGUAA